AUGUCUGACUUAUUAUCUUAUUCCAUUAUGAAUAACACUUCCAAAUAUCAUCAUUCAAAUCAUACUAAAACUGUAUUACCACCAAUAUCAUCUAUUACUAGUCAAUUACCUCCACUAGUACCAUCUAGUAAUACCACUCUUGCAUCUCCAUUUGGAACCCCAAACAACAACAACAUCAAUUUACCUGCAUUAAAUCAAUAUUAUGAUAGAUCAUACACUACUACUAAUACCAAUGGCUUAACAACUCCUUCUCCACCUCCAUUAAAGUAUUCUUAUAGUAACAAUAAUCUUACUGAAGCUAAUUUAUCUAAAUUUGAAACAUCAAGAAAUAGUCAUGGAUUAGGUUUAUUAAGUUCUGCCGUAUUAUAUCAACAACAAACAAACAACUUAUCAUUAGCCACUCCUCCACCUUCAUUAACUUCAAGAACUUCUUCUAUUUCUUCUAGUUCUACUCCAUCAUCUCCAUAUAUGAAUGAUGGAACUGUUACAAAGCCAUCAAUUGAACAACCAACCAUUUCCGAACCCACUCCAAUCACAACCACAACCACAACAACCACUACCAAAUCUCAAGUUCAAAAUAAAAGAAGACAAAGAUUGGGUCCAUCAUGUGAUUCAUGUCGAGUUCGUAAAGUUAAAUGUGAUGCAGAAAUCCAAGUCAUUAAUGAAGAUGCUAUUACUACUGAAUAUUCAUUUAUAUCAUCGUCAGAAAUUGAUGAAAUUAAAUCCGGUAAAAGAGUAUUAUUAUCUAGUGGUAGUUUAUUAACUUCCAACAACAAUAACAAUAAUGCUAAACCAACGAAAAUUGAGUUGAUAUUUAGUCAUGGGAAAUUCAUUAAAUUUAAAAGUUGUCAAAAUUGUACUUGUAAAUUAAAUGUUGAUUGUUGUUUUAAAAAUGGUUAUACUAAAGAAGAUAUUUUACUUAAUAAAAAAUUGAAAAAUUCUCAAUCCACUGCUAGUGGUACCACUAUUACAACCAACUGUUCUAGUAUCAGUAAUAUUACUACUACUACUACUACUACUACUACUGGUGGUGCUAAAAAAAUUAUGAAAAAGAAAUUACAAAAACAUUAG